CAGUAGGGCUUUUAUUUGUUUUAUAACUUGAGGAGUUUGUAAAAACCAGUUGUGCCCUCUGCGUUUCGCAGUCCAUCUCUAUCUAACGUUUUGAAGAUGGCUAAUGGAGACGUUGAUGACCUUUCCAGCGUGGACGAACAGUAUGCACAAAUCACGAAUCUCCAUCCAAAUCCAGUUGGCUAUCUCCAUGAAAUAUGCAGCAAACGGAAAGAAGACACUCCGCAGUUCACCGUGAUAUCGUAUCAUCAGAAGAAAGCAACGACUGUAUUCUUCGUAAAGGCUGCUGCACUGGGAAUUGACGCAGUCGGCUCUGGAUCGCGAAAGAAUAACGCCAAAGCCGUCGCGGCAUAUAAAAUACUGGCAGCAAAGAAUUUUUGCCAGCCCGUGCUCGAUUUGACUGAACCGAAGGUUAACGAAGAAGUUCCGCCUGAACCAGCACCAGUGGAGAAUCAUGAAAAGCGGAACGAGAACGAUCUUCAACCACUGCUAGAAAAAUCGAAAGUGAAUGACGAAAAGCAAGUUGUGGCCAUUUGCAGUUCAUCCGGACGCCAAGACCUUUUAACAGAAAAGAAGCUCAGUGUAUUCUCUUCAAUCCCCCCAUUUAACACAAAUAAUCCUACAGCAAGUGUCAAUUGGAUAUUGAACAUCGUCCAAGCAGGAUCUCUGCGCAUUGAGUACCAAGAAGCCGGCAGAUCGGAGGAACAGUCACGAGCGUCAUGGAUCUGCAGAGUGAUGGUGGAUGAAGAGGUCACCGUUGGGGAAGGUGCCAGCAAACGACAGGCUCUUCGAGAGGCUGCUGAACGCAUGCAUAAUUACCUGCUAAGCCUCGAGAGUGUCCAACUAAAGCUAGAAACUGUUGAGGAAAAACUGAAACUAUUCCAGAAACCACCGGUAAAAACAGAAACGCCGGCAGGAUGGGGUCGAUUUCAACAUAGUCUGCUCAUUAAUCGCUCUGCUAAGAAUCUGCCGACAGGAGCAGCAUUAUUACAAGAAUACUACCAGGACUCACAGUGGAGUACCUUGGAUGAUCGAUUGGCUUUACUGGCUACUAAAUACAGUUUCCGGUAUUACUUUGAGCCAUGGCCACAGACUGACUCCUUCAAGAGCAGCUACCGUUCUGUGCCCACGAAAUCAAAACGAAAAAAACGUAGGCAAAGUGGAGGGCCCAGUUUUAUUGACAAUGAUCGUGACAUUCGCCAAAACAGAAUUUCCGCUAGGAUUUUCUGGCAUGGGUGGCGACGAUCAAGCCGCAAAAGAAUCGGCAUUACGGAAGGCUGAACGAUAUUUCAGCGUCGUAGCAGACGUCGAGAAAAUAUCCUCGGGCGCUGCGAAGCAUGGGAUAAGUCGAAAGAAAGAGUAAUUUCAGGUGGAGAAGGUCAAAGAAAGUUUACUUUACGACGUUUUUCAAUUUACUAGCGACUUGCCCCUGGAAGUCGCAUUCAGCACUAGCACAACCGUCAAACUGCUCUAAUUACCUGUAUAAACUGUAUGGGUUCGAAAAGGUCAUCCAUAUUCUUACAUGUAGGAGAUUAACUUUAACUGAGAAUCACAAAUAACAGUUUUUAUCUUUUUCUUUGCGUUUUGCAACGUUUGUGCUGUUUGCAGUAUUAAAUGACG